UUGUCAAAUUUGUAUUGCUCCUGAGUGACGUUUACAUACUACAAUUAUAUUUAUAAUAUUUAACAAAAAAAGAAAGUUUAUAUAUAUACAUCACUUGUUUUUCCUUAUUAAUGAAAUUAUAGAAAAUUAUUCUUUAUUAUGAAAUGAGUUAGUAGCUUAGUAGUGUUAUUGGCUUAAUGUGAGAAUUAAAAUAAAUUUUACAUAUUAAAGACGGAAAAACCUGAAAAAUGAUCCAUAGUUUGUUUAUAAUAAAUCCUUCUGGUGAUGUAUUUCUUGAAAAACACUGGCGGAGCGUUAUUCCAAGAUCAGUAUGUGAUUAUUAUUUAGAAGCUCAAAGAGCUUCACCUAACGAUGUACCACCUGUUCUUGCUGCUCCCCAUCAUUACCUGAUAUCCAUACAGCGAGGAGGUGUUGCUCUUGUAGCAGUUAGUAAACAAGAGGUUGCCCCUCUUUUUGUCAUUGAAUUUCUGCAUAGAGUUGUAGAUACAUUCCAGGACUAUUUCUCUGAUUGCACGGAGACUAUUAUAAAAGAAAAUUAUGUUGUUGUGUACGAGCUUCUUGAUGAAAUGUUGGACAAUGGCUUUCCAUUGGCGACAGAAAGUAAUAUUCUGAAAGAAUUAAUAAAGCCGCCUAACAUUUUGAGAACAAUUGCUAACACUGUUACUGGUAAAUCAAAUGUUUCAUCAACACUGCCUUCUGGUCAGCUAUCAAAUGUUCCCUGGAGAAGGUCAGGUGUUAAGUAUGCUAAUAAUGAAGCAUAUUUUGAUGUAAUUGAAGAAGUAGAUGCCAUAAUUGACAAAAGUGGUGCAACAGUUUCAGCUGAAAUACAGGGUUAUAUUGAUUGCUGCAUCAAGCUAAGUGGUAUGCCAGAUUUAACACUCACGUUUGUGAACCCGCGUCUCUUUGAUGACGUUUCAUUUCAUCCAUGUGUUAGAUUUAAGCGGUGGGAGUCUGAAAGGAUAUUAUCUUUUAUACCACCUGACGGUAACUUCCGUCUGAUGUCUUACCAUAUUGGAUCACAGAGCGUUGUUGCGAUUCCUAUUUAUGUUAGACAUAACCUUACGUUAAGGAAUAAUGGUGACCAAGGACGAUUAGAUCUGACUGUUGGACCGAAGCAGACCAUGGGAAGAACAUUAGAAAAUGUCGCAUUAGAAAUCUGUAUGCCGAAAUGUGUUCUUAAUUGUUCCCUGACUGCGAACCAGGGUAAAUAUUCUUACGAUCCUGUCAGUAAAGUUCUGCUCUGGGAUAUAGGGCGUAUUGAGCUACCAAAACUGCCCAAUAUACGAGGAAGUGUAUCUGUGGCUUCUGGUGCAGACACGUCCGGCGCCAAUCCAAGCAUCAACGUUCACUUCACAAUACCUCAGCUGGCGGUCAGUGGGCUCAGAGUGAGCCGGCUGGACAUGUACGGCGCUAAAUAUAAACCUUUUAAGGGUGUUAAAUACGUCACAAAGGCUGGCAAGUUCCAUGUGAGAAUGUGAGAGUAAAUGAUCGAUGUAAUUGUUAUACAUAUAUAUAUCAAUAUUUUAAGCAAUUAAACUAUAUGUAUUCUGUUAUUUUGCUUUAUUUCACUUAUUAUUAUUAGACACUAUUUAGUUUUUUUUUUUUAAAUAAGAUAAUUACUGAAAAUACCCGUGAUUGAAAAGGAAAAAGAUACCUUGUUAAGUUUUUGUUUUAAUUUAAUAUAAACUUAUGAAAGUAAAAGCACAAACGAGAUUUGAUAUAAAACUAAGCCAAUAACAUUAAAAAUUUAAUUUGUUUUUGUUUUGUUAAACACCAACUUGUAUAAAAUGUUUUUAAUUCAUAUUGUUAUAAGUAUCAUUCACGGUUUGUUAGUUUUGAGGUGUUAAAUGGAACUAUUGUUAAAAAUGUUGAUGAUUGUUGAUAACAUUAGAUUAAUUGAAACAAUGUAUUUCGAUCUGAGUAUAGUUAACGUAGUUUUUUUCUUAAGUUGGUAAUGUAAUAAUAAAAGUUUAUAUUCAAUAAAAUAUUAACAAAACGCUUUUGUUUUUGUAAA